AUGGGAACUCGAGGGCUGGAGAUAGUACGCUUCAAUCGUCGUUACUACAUCCGGUACAACCGCCUCGACAAUUACUAUGAGGGCCUCGGUGCCAAAAUCGUCGCAAGAAUUCCGACCGACCCCAACAGAUACCAGGAGUGGCUCCAGUCCAUGCGAGAGAAGUAUGCGACCAAAGAGAGGGCCCUUGAUGCCCUCAUCUACACCAUCCACGACGGUGUCAAGCCUGACUACUCGCAAUUCAGCGAAUUUGUGUCGCUUCCUUCCGAGAUACCGCGACUCCAUGGUUACGACGCCGAGUACAUAUACGUCAUCAACCUCGACCACGAGGUCCUCACAAUGAAUUACGGCAUACAUUGGAAGCUGAAUAAUAUCCCGCGUGAGAACGACCUAUGGCUUGACGCUAUCGAAGAGAGCAUCUAUAUGGACAAACCUACGAUCUCUCUCCAGAAGUGUCCGGAAGAGCACAUGGCCUCCCUGGCUUUGGAGUUGCGAGCUGUCCAAAGGGUUAUUGAAUAUGAUUAUCGCCAAGUAUAUCCGAAGACAGAUAUUACGGAGGGACGAAAGGCAUUUCUCACCCACCUUUUGGCCAAUACGAUUAUUCAGUACAAAGAUGAAAUCACGAAUUUUGGGAGGGAGUGGAGCCCUGACUCGUUCCCCUUCCGGGAGCUGACCUUCGCUCUUGUCUCAAUUGCAUCUGGCCAGGCCAAGUUUCAUUAUUUUCCGGCCAUGCAUUGUAACCCUCGAAAAUGUGAGUCAUGGACCUGUAAUGCCGACCAUUUACCCAAAUCGCCUGGAUGGUUGAACAAAAGGUGGGCCGGGGAUAGUGCUCCGUUGCUGGAGUUUGGCUCCCUAUCCCAUAGACCAGGCGAUCCUCCAGGGGUGUCACCCGCCGAGACAAUAUACUGGCUCGAUGACGUCGUUGUCAGCCUUUCACUGGUUGUUGAUGGCGGGGCAAUUAACGAGGCCGUUGAAUGGGGACUGCAGCAAGGCCAAGACAACUUUCAGAUCGUUAUUCUAUCUCUAUUCAAAGUGGCCUUUGUAGAGGUAACGACGGACGAUGAUGGAAUACCAUUCGUCAAAUGCAGCGGCAAGUUAAAUCUGUCGCCUCUGCACGAAGACUAUUGUAUGAGCACACAUCCUCGGAAGCGACCAGAAGCGAAGCCUGGGAUGCAAAUCAAGCGUCGAUGCGGUGAGCGCAUUCUGAACUCAAACUGCACCGGGACUAUCGACAGACUAGGCAGUCAGUUCCCCGGGCUCGCUACGAUGGUGAACUUCUUCGAAGUUGCUGCGAACCGCCGGGCAGCAUCCAAGUCAGAAGGCACUCUGCGGUCUGAAUUAUACGACCGGAUUCUUGAUUAUGUGGACUAUGAUACGUGGAAGGCCUGUCUGUUGGUGUCGACGGCAGUGCGUGGCUGUUGCUUGCGCAAGUAUAGGCUCGACGAUCGUAUGAGGAUUGUUGCCGGGCCUUUCAUUAGGCUGCAAAAGCAUUUCAAUGAGCCUUUGAUGUCGUUUGACUUUGAAGACAUGCAGACUGGUGAAAUUCUUCCAAUGAAGUGGUAUCCGCGUGUCUGGAACACUUUGGAAUGUAACUGGAUGCCAGUUAUUGGCAGCGAUCGGAAAGCAGUCAUAAUAGAUGUGUGCGUCCAGUAUGAGCCGGCCGUGGAUGAGCCAGUGAAAGUGGACAAGAAUGACUGA